AAAAAAAAACAGAAAUCAACAUACAACAGCCGGUGUUCGCUGAUGGUCACCCACUCAACUACUAAUCUGCCUCUCAUUGGCUUGACUCUGGGAGAGCAGACGGGAUCCCGUAUUUUCCAAUGGAUAUGGUCGUAUGUGAUGGGUCAACCCUCUUGA